AUGGGAAUGCAGAUCUUCUUGCAAACAAUGGCGGGCAAGAUGAUUUCGUUGUCGGUGGAGCCGUCGGAGACAAUCAAAUCAGCGAAGGCGCGAGUCCAAGAGGCUGAGGGGCUGAUCACGUCACAACAGCAAUGGGUCUGGUGUGGAGAGAAGCUGUCGGAUCGACUCAGCUUUGAAGAUUACGAGAUGCAGGCAGAUUCCACUAUUGAUUUGAUAUUGUCGAAGCAGAAGGUUCAGAUCUCCGUCCGCACCUUCGAUGCCAACUUUCUACGCCUCGAGACAGAGUCCUGUUCUUCAGUCGAGGAUUUCAAAGCCCAGAUCGAAGAAGCUUCGCCAGGCUGCUUCAAGGACGUCCUGGUUAUUGGGGACGGGCACAGAAGCCCCCCCAACAUCGCAACUCAGUGA